AGGGAGACUUCCACCAAAAGGACAAACUAGAAGAAUCACCUUCUCCAACCUCCGGGACCUUACCUUCUCCUCCCUCCUCCUUGAGAGCACCAUCGCUAUUAUCGAGGCCAUUUUUUUCGUUUGCCUCUUUUCCAAUUCGUCUUCUCUCUCUCUCUCUCUCUCUCUCUCUCUGUGUUCUUUUUUUAUAUGUUUAAAUCUCGCCUUCAUUUUUAUCCCACUGUAAUGGAUUCCUUGCUUCCUCAUGCGGGACUUCGGUAGACAGAGGAGGGAGAGGGAGAGAGGGAGAGGGAGCGGGGUGGAAUUUUCAGGAGUGGAAAUCCCCAGGGCCGUUUCGAUUUCUGGGUUUCGACCCGAAUCCCAUUUUUGAUUUCCAGGUUCGUAUGGGUUGAAAGCUAAAAGGGUCAUGGGGAAUUACGGUGAAGAGGACGAGGAUCAGUAUUUUGAUGCCCUGGAGGAGACGUCCUCUGUUUCAGAUCGGGGUUCAAACUGCUCUGAUUGUUGUAGUUCAGGUUCCGUGCUUGAUGAGAACGUUUUGGAUAGUUUAGGGUUCGAGUUUUGGACUAAAUUUCCCGAGAGCGUGAGGGCGCGCCGCAAUCGGUUCUUGAUGUUGACGGGGUUGGAAAUAGAGGCAAAUUCAGUGGACAAGGAGGAUGCAUUCCCGCCGUCUUGUAACGAAAUCGAGGUGUAUACGUGUAAAGUAACAAGAGAUGAUGGGGCGGUUCAAAGAUCUUUGGAUUCAUAUAAUUGUAUUUCACUGUUGCAGUCAUCCACAUCCAUUCAGUCGAAUCAAGAAGUUGAAUCAUUGCGCGGGGACUUGCUCCUCAGCAGUUUCAGGGGUAGAAGUAAGGAGUCUGAUGAUUUGACGGAAUUUGUGGUGGAUGGGUUUGUCCAGAGUCAAAGAGAAAUGCGGUUGAGUGAAUUUGGUUCAGUUAAGUCAGGAAGCAUUGAAGAACUGAGGAGAAUAGUUGCAUCUUCUCCUUUGGUUCAUCCGCUGUUGCAUAGGAAAUUAGAGUAUGAAAGGGAAUUGAUUGAAACCAAACAAAAAAUGGGGGCUGGUUGGUUGAGGAAAUUUGGCUCUGCCACGUGCAUUAGUGGAAGACAGGGUGACACAUGGUCAGACCCUGAUGAUCUUGAAAUAACGGCAGGGAUGAAAAUGCGGAGAGUUCGUGCACAUUCAUCUAAGAAGAAAUACAAGGAAUUGUCUUCCCUUUAUGCUGCACAGGAAUUUCUGGCACAUGAGGGGUCAAUUUCGACAAUGAAGUUCAGCAUGGAUGGGCAAUACUUGGCAAGUGCAGGUGAAGACACAGUAGUGAGAGUUUGGAAGGUGACUGAGGAGGAUAGAUCAGAGAGGGUCGACGUUACUGUGGACCCUUCCUGUUUAUAUUUUGCUCUGAAUGAAUCCACGCAGUUGGCGUCGCUCAAUACGAAUAAAGAGCACAUUGGUAAAGCAAAAACAUUUCAGAGAUCAUCAGACUCAUCGUGUGUCAUUUUACCCUUAAAGGUCUUCCAGAUAACAGAGAAGCCUUGGCACGAGUUCAAGGGACAUAAUGGCGAGGUCUUAGACCUCUCCUGGUCUAGUGAAGGGUAUUUGCUAUCCUCCUCUACUGAUAAGACCGUGCGGUUGUGGAGGGUUGGAUGUGACAGAUGCCAGAGAGUAUAUUCUCACAAUGAUUAUGUUACUUGUAUAAGUUUCAACCCUGUUAAUGAGAACUUCUUCAUCAGCGGGUCCAUAGAUGGAAAAGUACGCAUCUGGAAUGUGUUUGAUGGUCAGGUUGUUGCUUACAUCGAUUGUAGGGAGAUUGUCUCUGCAGUGUGCUAUCGAUCCGAUGGAAAGGGAGCUAUCGUGGGUACCAUGACAGGCAAUUGCCUUUUUUAUAGUAUUAAAGAUAAUCAUUUGCAAAUGGAUGCACAAGUAUACCUACAUGGUAAGAAGAAGUCUCCUGGCAAGAGAAUAACUGGCUUUCAGUUUCCUCCCAAUGAUCCUGGCAAACUAAUGAUCACAUCUGCUGAUUCUGUAAUUCGAGUAUUAAGCGGGCUAGAUGUAGUCUGCAAACUCAAAGGCCCUCGAAAUUCAGGGGGACCAAUGAUUGCCACUUUCACUUCAGACGGGAAACACGUGAUCUCAGCAAGUGAAGAUUCAAACGUCUACAUCUGGAACUACGCCGGUCAGGACAAGACUUCAUCCCGGGUGAAGAAGAUAUGGUCUUGCGAGAGUUUCUGGUCCAGCAAUGCCUCUGUUGCUUUACCCUGGUGCGGCAUAAGAACUGUGCCUGAAGCACUUGCACCUCCUUCACGAAGUGAAGAGAGAAGAGCGAGUUGUGCGGAAAACGGAGAGAAUCAUCAUAUGCUGGAGGAAUAUUUUCAGAAAAUGCCCCCAUAUUCCCUGGACUGUUUCUCUCUCAGCCGCGGAUUCUUCCUGGAGCUCUUGCCGAAGGGAUCCGCGACUUGGCCGGAGGAGAAAUUAUCUGAUUCUAGUCCAACUACGGUCUCAUCUCAAGCAAUUUCUAAACUGGAGUACAAGUUCCUGAAGAGCGCGUGCCACAGCGUGUUGAGUUCUGCUCACAUGUGGGGCCUGGUGAUCGUGACUGCAGGUUGGGACGGAAGGAUCAGGACAUAUCACAACUAUGGAUUACCUGUACGUUCUUGAAAUCCCGAUUCACUAAAAUUAUCAAGGCGGUGAGUUCAGUCGUCCGCCUUUUCUUAGUUUUUACCCUACGAAUACAUGGUGAUGCUCACGCUCAAGGGGGGUUUGCCUCAAGUGUAAAAGGAUGCCCCUAAUAGAUUAUAUGCCAAGUGUAGUAUAUAUAAUAGUGCUUUUGUCACACCAUUCCAAGUGGCAAUAUGGCUUUUGUAUCUUCAACUGAAAUCCGCAGAGGAGUGCCCACCGGCACGGGGAAUUUCGGCCCCUGUACUGGAGAUGUGUAUAAGGGCUUAAUCAAUACGAUUCUUUAAUUUUUUUUUU